CAACGGGGCCAACGUCGCCGUGCACGCGCACCGGAGCGGCGAGAGGAGGCGCACUAUUUGGCAGGCGAGCAGGCAGGGGGGGUCAAGCGGCGAGGCGCGUCAAAGCGGGGCGGUGGUCGCGGCCGGCGGUCUCAACCGGGCCGGAACCAGCGCUCGCGCACUGGAAAACGCGACCGUUUCUGGGCUCCGAGGUCGCGGUGGUGGCGGUGGGGGGGGGGCGGGGUUGAUACUGAGGACGGACGCCGAACGAGCGAAGGAGAACCGAGGGGGCGCGCUUCACCCCCCUCCCCACCUCCCGGGCAGGCCGCGAGAGGUGGAAGAAAGGCGGCGUGCUCGCGUGCGUCGCGCAACCUGGAGACAAUGGCGGCGCCGAGCGGCCCGCAGCGUUUUUGUUAGCGGGCUCCGAGUGGACGCCAGGCAGGCCUCGCUCGCUGCUGGUCCGGGCGGUGCGGCUGCGAAGGAAACCAGGCCUCCCGCGGGACAACCAGCAGAGACCCGUCUCCCCUUUUUUGCCGCUUAUGUUGGACUCCUCAACGCAUUCGUAACACCCCCCCUCCCCCCUGCCCCCCUCGACGAGCACUUUGAGCUUCCUGGAUGCUCGAUGGAGAAGACUCCGGCAAACUGAGAGCAGAGUCGCUCCUCUCGAAGGUCCGGGCAUCAUCACCCCCCCCCCCCCAAAAAAAAAAAAAAAAAAGCAACCUUCGCAGCCCCCCCAAGAGUGUCACAAGGCAGACCGCUCCAAAAAAACCCAAAUCAGUCUGAAAACCAACGUUGGCCGUCCUCCGGGAUCCUGAAGGAACCGGGACAGACUUUUCGCGUGGGUUUCCCGGACGACCGGAGCGUGGCCGAGGAGUCCCCGGCGGCGCAAAUGAGACGUUGAGAUCCCGAGAAGCGCGGACUCCCCCCGAGGUUCUCGCGGUGGGGUCGCUUUGACUCCCGAGACCGCUCGGCCAACGCUCGCUUGGGAGAUGUUCCAGUUCAGCAAGUACCCCAUGGAGAUCCUGGAGAUGCUGAGCGGACACCAGGCGCAUCAGUUCAAGGGUCUGGGCCUGGAGCGUCAGCUGAGCCACCAGCAGCAGGUGCAGCUCCAGCAUCAGCAGCAGCUUCAGCAGCAGCACCAGUCCCCCGCCGACACGUCCGGGGGUCUGCUGUCGGGCCUCGGCCUGGGGACGCUGCCCGCCUCCCGGAGUAACGCCUUUGCCGACUCCUCCUCCCUGUUCGCCAAGAUGAGCGCCCCUCCCCCGUCCAUCUCGCACCAGAGUCAGUCGUCGUCGUCGUCGUCUUCGUCGUCGUCGUCGUCGUCGUCGACUCACAGCUCCAGGAAGUCCGGCAAGGUGAGCGGCGGCGGCGGCGGGAGCUCCUCGUCGGGGUACCCGCAGUUCCUGCGGCCGUUCCACCCGGCCGAGGCGGCGCUGGCGCAGGAGCAGCUGCACUCGGGAAUGGGACGCUUUGACUUCGGCGGGGGGCCCGCCAGCAGCGGCGCCGGGGUCCUCCCCGCGCCCCCGCCUCCUCCGCUGCAUCCCGGUCUGUCGGUGCCGCAGCCCUCCCCGGGACCCUCUUCCUCCUCUUCGUCUACCUCCACCUCCGUCUCGGCCUCCGGCAACCCCCCCGGCGGCGCCGCGGUGCCCCUGGUCGGCCAGUCGGACCCCCGCAGCCUACACCAGCAGUUCAGCUGCAUGCUCGCCGCCAACCAGUACUUCCUGUCGGGAGUCCCCGCCAACAGCAGCCUGGAGCAGUUCCUGGUCCAGCAGGGCACUCACAACCACUUGGGUCUGGGUCUCGGCCAGGGGUCCUCCGAGUCCAACUCGUCUUUGGCCCCGCCCCCCGCCCUGCACUCCUCCCACGCCCACUCGGCCCCGCAAGCUCCGCAGCAGCAGCAGCAGCUGACCCCCCACGCCUUGUCUCACCCCCACAGCCACUCCCACCACCCUCACCCGCUGCACCCGGCCCCCCAGCCGGCCCCCCUGGGGGGGUUCGACUUUCAAAGCAUCCCGGUCCUGUCGUCCAAUCAAAUUGCUUCCCUCAUGCAGCAGGAAGCGGGCCUCCCCCUCCCCUUGCCCCUGCACUUGUCCCUCCCCAAGGACGACGCCGCCAAGUCGGGGGAGGCCUCGUCGUCGUCGCUUUCUGCCGGCGGGAGCAGGCGGAAAAAAGCCAUGGCGGGAUACCUGCCGCAGAGGAAGGCGGAGAGUCAGGCUCACGGCGGGGGGGCGGGGGGCCACCGUCACGGUUCGUCCACCCCGGGCCUGGUCGGAGAAGCUUCCGGAAGCGUCGGCAUGAGCGAGCAGCAGCAUUCGUCUCUCCUCCCGUCGCAUCCGCAACACCCGUCCUCUUCCGCCGUCUCCUCAGCUUCCUCCUCCUCGUCCGCCCCGUCGUCCUCCGCCUCCGCCUCCUUGCUGGUCGACGGUGACCAGCGCUUGCCCAAAACCGGAGAGAACCGCAGCGGAAACCCGCCGGGUCAACCCGAAUCGGAAUCCCUCUACCACUGCGGAGAGUGCGGGAAAACGUUCACGCACCUCUCCAGCCUGCGGCGGCACCUGCGCAGCCACGGCGUGACGCCCGACACCCAAAGCAGGAAGUCGGACUGCACGUCUCCGAGCCCCGAGAGGAUCUUCUGCUGCGGCGACUGCGGGAAACGCUUCAAGAAGCGGGGGCACCUGAUCCAGCACAGCGUCACGCACUCGGAGAACCGGCCGUUCAUUUGCAACAUUUGCCAGAAGUCCUUCAACCGCCGCGAGUCGCUCACGCGGCACGAGAAGAUCCACGACGAGAAGCCGUUCCGCUGCCCGGCGUGCGGACGCUGCUUCCGCGAAAGCACCUCCCUCCUCAACCACGCCGCCUCGGGCGCUUGCGGAAAACCGCCCCGUGCUUCCAAGAACCGCGCCGGCUCGUCCAACCCGGGCGCCGGCGGCAAAAUGCGGCUUUCCAGUCAGAACGCCGUCGUUCCCGAGGAUAAAUACUCGGGCGACUAUUCGAGAAGUCGCUACCCCGGACAGGCGACGUACGACGACGACUACAGGCGCACGCAGGCGUCGUCGCUGUACACGCCGGACGCCGGCCUCUCGGGGGACCUGGGCAACCAAACCCUUCGGAAGGCCCCCUUAGCGCCGACCCUUCACCCCCACCCGCAGAGUCAGCACCACCACCAGCAGCCGCACCUUCCUCUCUCCUCCUUAUUGGACGAUUCCGAAGACGAGGUCACCAGCAGCGCCAUGUCGGCCAUCGCCGCGGCGGCGGCGGCCUCGUGCGACAUCAACACAGAAGGCAGGGACGGAGAAAGGAGGGACAUCAUCGGGGGGCUGCUGGGGGGUCUGGGCUUCGGUAACCUGAGCGGGCCGUCGCCCUCGCCGAGCAUCAACGGGUCCACCGUGCCGUUGUCGCACCACAGCCAGCCGCACGCCAAGCCCCGCAGGCCCCGCAAGCCCCGAGAGAAGCGAGACCCCAACGCCGUCGUCAGGAGACGGCGCGGCCCCGCCCAGCCCGGCGACGGCACGGAGCGGCCCUACGGGUGCCAGCUCUGCGGCAAGCGCUUCCGGCGGGCCGAGACGCUGCGGCGCCACAACCGGGUCCACACGGGCGAGAAGCCUCACGCCUGCGACAUCUGCGGCAAAAUGUUCCGGGAACCUUUCCACCUCACCAAACACCUGACGGUGCACUCGGGCCAGAAGAACUACAAGUGCAACCUGUGCGGCAAAAUGUUCGCCUACGCUCAGAGCCUGGUCAGACACGGCAAGCUGCACCGCAGGGGCGAGAUUGACAACCAGGGUAGAAGAAUCAAAGGAGCCGCCGCCGCCGCCGCCGCCGGACAAGCCUCCAACCAGGGAAACUCUGACUUCUUCUCGUCUUGCUCUCAAGAGGAGAAGUCGCCCAUGUCCGGGACCCCCUCCCAGAGGCUCUACACUUGCACGGUGUGCUGGAAAUCCUUCCGCCAUUACUUCCACCUGACGGCGCACCAGCAGACGGUGCACGGCGGCGGCGUGGGCCUGGAGAAGUCCUUCCGCUGCGAAGUCUGCGGGAAAUCCUUCGCCUACUCCAACAGCCUCGUCCGCCACAAGCUCUCGCAGCACGGCAUCGACCGCAACGGCCAGCGGGUCAACCACUCGCAGCCGCCCGGUUACUCGUCGGCCUUCUACGACUCGGGCGCGGGCUACGCGCAGCACGCGGCCGGCCAGCCUCCCGCUCCGCAGCAAGACCCCCCGCACCCGUUCCACUACCGGCCCAAAAAGCAGUCGGACGGUACCAGGAGAGGCCGCAAGAAGAAGAGGCGGGUGGUGAUCCACAGCAUCAUGCGGGACGGGAAGCUGGUGGGCGUCCCGCUCAGCAAGGAAACGCGCAGGAAGUUGAUGCUGCUGAGGAAGAGGAGGGGCCGACUGCUGGCUCAGAUGAACAAGAAGAAGCUCCUGGCGCAGCUCAGGCUCCGCGGAGGGGUGUCGGCGGUCCGGUCCUGGUCCGGCGGGGCCGUCAAAGUCAGCGGGCUGGUGUCCAUGGACGUCGCGGUCAAGCGCUUCCCGUGCCCCGUCUGCCCGAGCGCCACCUACGCCAGGAGGGGCUUCCUGCUGCUGCACCGGGCCGUCCGGCACCCGGUCGGGACUUCGGGCCGGCGCGCCCGCCUGCACUGCCCCGUGUGCGCCCGGCGCAGCGCCACCCUCCUCAGGGCCCUCAAACACCGCGGGCGGCACCUCAGGCGCGCCACCUUCCACUGCCACAAAUGCCGGCGCCGCUUCUGGAACCCGCGGCUCCUGGAGAGGCACAAGUUCUCGUGCCGGGCCCCCGUUUCGGGGCCGCGGUGGGGCGACGGCGAGUGGGCGCCCGCGAGGAUGAAGCCGUCGCACGGCUACCGCCCGACGGCGCAGCCGCCUCUGCCUCUGCCGGCCCUGGUCCCGCACGACAGGUCCUCGGUCCUGACCGAGUACGCUCACUAAAAACUCCGUUAGUUUUUCGUCACUUUUUAUUUUCAUUUUUUUUCCGUAACAAUCAGAGAAGCGAGUGGCAGCUGGCAGCUUUUGAACAAAAAGGGACAAGAAAAAAAUGGUUAGAGUUCCUCGCGCCUCCAAAACCCGCAAAAGGUCACAUGACCGCCUCGGUCACAUGACGACACUUUUUGAGUAGCAGCCGUGAGCGUUCACAACUGGCACGCGAACACACGUGGACUGAAGGCACACACACACACGUUCAUCUAACAUGCGCACGUUUGCGCAGACACACUUGUUUGUGUCACAUGUCAACACUAUUGUCGGUUUUGUGUAGAUUAUUUUUUGUCCUUUAUUUUAUUAUUAUUUUUUUUUAAACAAACACUGUUGCUCCUGUCAUGAGAUCCUCCCGACUUUCCAGCACAGUUCAGAUGCCUUAUUAUUGUUAUUGUUUAUUUUUUUUUUGGGGGGGGGGGGGGAGGGAGAGGUAAUGUGACUGAAACAUUUUUCUUUAAUUUUUUUUUAAGAGAGCCUUCCAAAAUUUGUGUAGUAAUAACCCGGAGUGUAUCGAUAUAAUUCCCGAUUUAUAUUUUAUUAUAUAUUGACGACUUGCCGUUUUUUGUUUUUAUCCCUUUUUCUCGUAUGGGUGUCCGUAUUGUGAGGUCAGGCUUACGGGGUUCGGGUCGGGGUGUGCUUGUAAAAUGUUGGUUUGGGGGGGAAUAUUAAUUUCCUUGUGUGUGUGACACUUUUUGUAACUAAAGCGUGCACACUUAGUUCGACUUAGCUCCUGUUCGCGUUGUUACAUUGUUUGACCUUUUUUGUUUUGUUUUCUGUACAACUAAAAACGUAAUAUUAAUACUAAAUGACUUGUUAUUUUCUUUGUAUAAAAAGUGACUUGUUGAAGACCCAAAUAAUAAAAAAAAAAGUAAAUCGAAAAAAAAAAUCACAUCUAGGUUCUACGUCGAGAGGUGCGUUUGAAUUAAUAUCGAUGACAAUAUUUUACUCUGAAAAUGUGUCUUUUGUUCAAAUUAUAACCAAAAAUAUGUCCAUUAAAAUCUGAUUAAAUAA